UUCAGCAAUUUUCUAAACAUACGUACGUCAACUCCGCACGACAAUAAUAAACACUAAGUUUCUUAACUGUGUGCUAUAUGCGAUAGGAAGAUAGUUAAGCAGAAUUAAUUUUUGUUUUCUAAUUUUAUUAUUUGAGCUAAGGAAAUUAAGAUGAUAAGAAAUUCAAUUCUGAUCUCUAAGAGAUUCAUUGGAAAGACUCCAAGUCAAUUUAAUCGGAUCGGCAGCAGAUGUUUGUCUUCCGGUGCGAAUAAUGGCCUAGUCAAUGUCGAUUUGAAUGAAAAAACUGGAAUUGCCGUCGUUACAUUGAAUCGUCCUCCGGUUAACAGCUUGAAUUUGGAGCUGCUCAAAGAUAUUUCAAGCACAUUGGAUGAGUUGGAAUCAAACAAGUCACGAGGAAUGAUUUUGACUUCGGCAAGCAAAACGGUGUUCUCUGCUGGUCUGGACAUUACAGAGAUGCACAAUCCGCAACCGGACCGUGUGAAAGCUUUUUGGACUGCGCUUCAAGAUGUCUGGCUAAAGUUAUAUGGCUCUUCAUUUCCCACAGCAGCUGCAAUCAAUGGUCACUCUCCAGCCGGUGGGUGUUUGUUGGCUGUUUGCUGCGAAUAUCGAGUUAUGGUAAACAACUACACGAUCGGUCUGAAUGAAACUCGUCUUGGUAUUUCUGCACCGUUUUUCUUUCAAUCGGCCUUCCGUAAUGUUCUGUCCAAGCGUGAUGCUGAGAAGGCCUUAACGCUUGGCACAAUGUUCUCCACCGAAGAAGCGUUAAAGGUGGGACUUGUUGAUGAGACUGCCGUCGACAAAGCUGACUCAAUUGCGAAGUGUGAGAAUUUCCUGCUUCAGUUUAAGAGUGUGUCUCCAAUGGCUCGGUCAUUUACGAAACAGACUUUGCGCAAGAAGGACUUGGAAGAGUUGGAGAAUAAUCGGGAACAGGAUUUGCAACUAUUCUUAUUCGCAAUCAAUCAGCCUGUCGUGCAGAAGGGAUUAGGAGCUUACAUACAAAGUUUAAAGAAGAAAUGAUGUGGUUA